ACAUAGAAAUUUUCAGAGUAUAAUAGAAAAAUCAAGAAAAUGUCUGAAUCAAGGAUCUUAGGAUCACCACCAAUGCUGAUGAUUCUUCUCAGCCUUGUGAUAGCUUCCUUCUUCAACACCACAGCUGGACAAAUCGGAGUAUGCUACGGGAUGCUAGGCGAAACCUUGCCAAGUCCAUCGGACGUUGUGGCUCUUUACAAGCAACAGAAUAUUCAGCGAAUGCGGCUCUACGGCCCUGACCCAGACGCUCUUGCCGCUCUCCGUGACUCUAACAUAGAGCUCAUCCUCGACGUUCCUAGUUCAGAUCUUGAACGUCUCGCCUCCAGCCAAACGGAGGCCGACAAGUGGGUUCAAGAAAACGUACAGAGCUACACCGACGGUGUCAGAUUCCGGUACAUCAACGUCGGAAAUGAGGUGAAACCCUCAGCUGGGGGUGUUCUCUUACAAGCAAUGCAAAACAUCGAGAAAGCAGUUUCUGGAGCAGGGCUUGGAGUCAAGGUCUCUACAGCUAUAGCCACUGACACCACUACAGAUACAUUUCCUCCGUCUCAGGGAAGGUUCACGGAUGAGUAUAAGAGCUUUCUCGAACCAGUGAUAGGUUUCUUGAUGAGCAAGCAAUCUCCUUUGCUCGUGAAUCUCUAUCCUUACUUCAGCUACAUGGGAGACACGGCCAAGGUCCCUCUAGACUAUGCCCUUUUCACCGCUCAGUCCACUGUUGCUGAUGAUCCGUACUCAUACCAAAACCUAUUCGACGCAAAUCUUGACUCGGUUUAUGCAGCAUUGGAGAAAUCGGGCGGAGGAUCGUUGGAAAUCGUGGUGUCGGAGAGCGGUUGGCCCACAGAGGGAGGAGUCGGGACGAGUGUGGAAAACGCAAAGACUUAUGUUAACAAUUUGAUACAACAUGUGAAGAAUGGAUCACCGAGAAGGCCAGGGAAAGCUAUAGAAACUUAUAUAUUCGCUAUGUUUGAUGAGAAUAAGAAGGAACCUGCGUUUGAGAAGUUUUGGGGACUGUUUCAUCCGGAUCGACAGCCUAAGUAUGAAGUUAAUUUCAACUAAUCCUUGGAGAGACUUCUUGAAGAAGAUGGGACUUAUGGGCUUUUUCUGUAAGGGUAUUUAAAAAGUGGGAACUUGUUGUAAUAAUAAGGAAUAAUGAGCCAUAACUAUG